AUGGCUCAGCAGCCUCACGACAUGACUUACCUUGAUUACGGCACAGCGACCAACCGGUCCCCCAGCUCUUCGAGACAAAACUACUCCAACUUUGCUUCUGGCCUCACCAUGCCUCGACAGACCCAACGGCCCUUCGAUGCGCCUCUACCCUCGUCCGGCCUUUAUUCCACCGACAGACUGGCCAGCAGCUAUGGCAGCCGAGGCAUGGACACUAUUGGCGGCGCCGGCGGUAUGCCUGGGUACAUGAUGGACAACAACCAGUCAUGGGGCUACAACGGUUCGGGCGCGGCGACUGUUGGCGGUGCCGUGCAUGGCCCGGGAAGGCAGCGAAGCGUCAAUCGGCGAGCUGCUUUGCCAACUAAUUGGACCGAACAUGGCGGGAUGGGAAUGCCUAACCUUCAGUCGUACUCAAACGGCCUCGGCGGCGCAUCCAUGAACAACGGCGGCCUUCGUGUUGAUAACCCUGGAUCUCACCCGUCCCCCAACAGCCUCCAGUCUGUCGGCAACGAUGCUGAUCAGCUCAUCCCCACCGCCAUCGUCAUCAAGAACAUCCCUUUUGCCGUCCGCAAAGAGACGCUUGCUUCCAUCAUGCUGGACAUGCAUCUUCCCCAGCCCUAUGCUUUCAACUACCAUUUUGAUAAUGGCGUUUUCCGAGGACUCGCCUUCGCCAACUUCCAGUCCGCCGAGGAUACUCGCGUUGUUAUCGAGGCGAUGAACGGAAUGGAUGUUCAUGGCCGCAAGCUGCGAGUCGAGUACAAGAAGAUGCUCCCCGAGGCUGAGCGGGAGCGUAUCGAACGGGAAAAGAGGGAGCGCCGAGGGCAGCUCGAGGAGCAGCACCGCGCCCCUCUGCUGCACAACCAGAGCUCACUUCAAUCUCUGGGUGGCAUGCCCCAGUCCCAGCCUCGCACCGCCAGCGUCGCUCCCCCCGCUCCUACUUCUCUUCUCGGUGAUAUCGAUAUGAAUGACCCCCAGACCCUUGAAUUCUACACAGAACUCGCCAUGUUCCGAAGAGACGAUUCGCGAGAGAUUUUGGUCUUCCCUCCUGGAAUUGCCCCUGAGCAUCGCCGAUCCAUUCACAUCCUCGCCCACCACAUGGGACUUGAGCACCAGUCUAUCGGCGAGGCUGAUUCACGACAGCUUACGGUGCUGAAGAGACAGCAGCCCUCGCCCACGGCCAACAUCCACACGCCUCCUGCCAGCAGCCUCGAUGUCCACAAGCGCGGUCUGAGCCGAGCUGCCACGUUCGACUUUGCGGCCGACAGGGAGUCUCGCGCAGCUAGCAGCAACUAUGGCCAUCUCGUUGGUCGACACGGUCCCACGCUAGAGCUUCCCGGAAGCCCAGACGGAAGUGGAAUUCCCAACAACCUCCGCGCUGCCAAGAGCUUUGCCGAUCUCCGCUCGUUUACCCCCAGCCCGUCUCAGGCUUCAUCGAGCUAUCUUGCUCCCGGCAGCGGCCUGAGCGGCAUUGCCCCUACCUCCACGGCUCGAUUUGGCGACUACCUCAGCAACGGCAGCCAGUCCCAGAGCGGCAACCCCAGCACUCCCGGUGCAAAGAAUGACAACGGCCUUGUUAGCGGUCUCAGCGGACUGAGUCUGUCCCCCUUUGAAGCGAGCUCCAUGCAAUCCCAGGCGCGCAGCACCCCUGGCGCUAUUGGCAGCCAGCGGCCCAGCGCAAACGGAAACGGAACCAAGGGUGCCCCCGAGAGGCAGCCUCGCGGCCCUGAGUGGGAGACGUCCAACGGCUUUGGUCGUACUCGAGCAAAUGGACACAUGCAGCGCGGCAGUGAUUCUUCGGACAAUGGAGCUCGUGUUGGCACCAGCUCUACUAAUGCUUCGAGAUACCACUAA